CCUGAUGUUAACGUCAUCUAUGAUCUGUCACAUUUUUAUAAUAUUUUUUGCUAAUUUGCUUUUCACUACCUAAUAAAAUUAAACAUUCUAGAGAUAAUUAGUGCAAGUUCUUCAAAUAUCAUUUCCAGUUUCCAUUGUCUAGAAUGCAAUGCUACCUCGUCGCCGCAACGUUGGUGUAUCAGAAAGGACGCCUAGACCACAGGAAGAAUUAAUUCCCUACAAUAAAUUAAACAAAAACGGAACCAAUUUCCAAGAGACAGUCUCUCGUAACUCGGAUGAACAGUGCCAAUCCGGGUUUUUUGGAUCUGAGGUCACAUUUGAUUUUUUAGAAGAGAUUGUAUUUGAAUCAGUGAUGGCUGCUAGGGACAGAACUCAAGAGUUUGUAUCCACUGUGAGAAGUCUUCAAGGGCGUACUUUAGUAAGACCAUCUGUCAAAGAUGAUAGAAAAGCUGCAGUUCUAGCUACAUAUUCGCAAUUUAUGAGUAUGGCAAAAGUUAUAAGUAAAAACAUUACCAGUACCUAUACUAAGCUAGAAAAACUGGCUUUAUUGGCAAAGAAGAAAUCUUUAUUUGAUGAUAGACCUAUGGAAAUACAUGAGUUAACAUACAUUAUCAAGGGUGAUUUAAAUUCCUUGAACCAGCAGAUUGCCAGGUUAGGGGAAAUGCCACGAGGUCGCAAAAGUAUGCACAGCCACUCUUCAAGUGUUGUACUUGCACUGCAAUCAAGGCUUGCUUCUAUGAGUAAUCAAUUUAAACAGGUUCUGGAAGUAAGGUCAGAAAACCUUAAACAUCAGAAUAAUAGAAGAGAACAAUUCUCAAGUACUGCACCAAUUGUUAAAGAAGUUCCUUCUAUAUUACAACCUGAAGAAGUAAGUAUAGACCUUGGCGAAGUUUCUAGCUUACAAACACAACAAAUGGCAUUGAGAGAUGAUAGUGAUACAUAUGUACAACAAAGAGCUGAAACUAUGCACAAUAUUGAAAGCACUAUUGUUGAAUUGGGAGGCAUAUUUCAACAAUUGGCACAUAUGGUAAAAGAGCAAGAUGAAGCUAUUGGCAGAAUUGAUGCUAAUAUACAAGAAGCUGAAAUGAAUGUAGAAGCUGGCCACAGAGAAAUAAUGAAAUACUUUCAAAAUAUAACAGGCAAUCGAGCACUGAUGUUUAAAAUUUUUGGAGUAUUAAUUUUCUUUUUUAUUUUCUUUGUGAUAUUUAUGGCUUAGUGACAAUACAGUUGCAGAAGGGGUGUGGAUAUAUAAGAAUAUAGCCUGGAUUACUGUCCACCAUUUUCAUUUUUCUCUAAAAUAGUGGCACACAACAAAAGUAGUAUAAAUUGUUUUAUUUAUGAGACAUCAUCAAUUUGUCUGAUUUUUGCCGUAACAAUAUCAAAGUUUUGCUGUUGGUUGUCAGUCAGAAUUCAAUUUACUGUAUGAAUUGGCUCUAUUAUGCAAACUGUGCGGAAAUGUUGUGGAACUUAAAAGUUUACUGAUGUAUGCUGAUUGGUGUAAUAUUACCAAACUCUUUGAGCAAAAAAUACCUGAACAAUUUAAGGGUUAAGGGUCCGGGGUUUGAUUCCCGGCAGGGGGAAUUUGGGUAUUUAUUAUUUCCAAAUUUUCUCUGGUCUGGUCUGAUGGGAGGCUUCAGCUUGUGUUGUUACCAUCCUACUGACGAAGACGUGACGCUAAGCGAUUUAGCGUUACUUUGUCGUCGCUCGUCGGUAUUUCUGCGGCCAAGGUCUUAUGGUCGCAGUUUUAUAGGUCUAAGGUCCGUAUUAAUAAUCCAACAUCCAACAUACAACUCUAUUAACAAUACUUUAGAACAAACAGCACUCCCUGCUGCGCCCGAAAGGUGCAAGUGUUUUUGCUCAAAGAGUUUUAUAAUAUGUAGAAAUAAAUAUGUACAAAAUUCACAUAAUUUUCACCAAUUGAUCAACCAUAAGAUAGAGAUAAAAUAAGUUGACCUGUUAAAAAAAUUCGUGAAAUAUAGUGGUAAAUCUUGA